AUGGCUGACCUAUCAAUCUCAGCUCAAACAAAACCUGAUGUGUCAAAAGAAGCAUCUGUUAUCACCGAAGUCCAAGAAAAGGAUGACCGCCAGCGCGACAUUUCCGGCGAUAUCAUUGAGGAUGGCCUACGAAGAGGGCUUAAAGGUCGUCAAUUUAUGAUCAUUGCUCUAGGAAGUAUUAUCGGGCCAGGUUGCUUUUAUGGCUUGGGCUAUGGAAUCUACGAAGCUGGUCCAUUGGGGCUCCUAAUCGGCUUUUCUGUUGUGGGAGUCUCAGUGUGGGUUUUAAUGCAGAGCGUCGGAGAGGUUGCUACACUUUUUCCAGUUCACGGCGGCUUUGUUGAGCACUGUGAUCGAUUCGUGGAUCCAGCACUCAGCUUUGCAGUUUCUUGGCUCUAUUAUUUUAUGUGGAGUGUAUUUCUAGCAUCAGAUUGGAACAACGCCACGAUUUUCCUUCGAUUCUGGAUUCCUGACACCACUAUCCCCGUCUGGGCUUGGUACAUCCUGUUUUUUGUCUUCUUUUCCAUUUUAACCACUCUUGGGGUGAAUUUCUAUGGAGAGACCGAAUACUAUUUUGGCAUGUUCAAGUUCCUCUCACUGAUCGUGCUAUUUUUCAUCUCGAUUCUUGCCGAUACUGGAGCGUUCGGGAAUGGGUAUGUUGGGUUUGAAUACUGGAAAGAACCAUACGGUCCAAUCCGAAAUGGAAUCAAUGGAUUCGGCCAAGUAUUUGUGCUGGCUGCCGCAUACUAUGUUGGAACUGAAAUUGUUUCUGUCGCCGCGGGCGAGUCUAAAGACCCGCAACGCGAUGUCCCUCGUGCCACCAACUCUAUCCUAUAUCGUAUCCUGUUCGUCUUUAUUGGCAUGGCAUUUUUCCAGGGCCUGAUUUGUCCCUCGACAUCUGAUGAGCUGGUGCAUCCAGCCUCUAAAACGGCGUCAUCUCCAUUCACUAUUGGAUUUAUGCUUGCUGGGUGGAAGUCCUCCGGGCAUUUUGUUAACGCCAUCGUCCUGAUUGCCUUCAUUUCCGCUGCGAAUGGAGUAAUUUACAUUCAAUCCCGAACGCUCUACUCUCUGGCUUUGAAACGGAAAGCGCCCUCAUUUUUCGCAAUAACAAAUGACAGGGGAGUCCCAUACCCAGCAAUCAUCUUCUCAAACAUGUGGGGCUUCUUGGGUCUUAUGUCUUUGCGCACAACGGCUGGGAGUCUAUUUUCCUAUUUCACCUCCUUUGGUGGCACAGCAGCUUAUAUUGCAUGGGCUUCUAUCACAUUUGUCCAGCUUAGGGUUCGCGCUGCCGCAAAGAAGCAAGGUAUCGACGCCAAAGAAUUCCCCUUCACAGCGCCGGGUCACAUUUCGAUCUACUGGGGCAACUUCUUUUUCAAUAUUUUCCUGCUCCUGAUUCAGGGCUUUACAGUAUUCGAGACGCCUUUCAACUAUCAGUCGUUUAUUGCUUCUUAUAUUAGCAUUCCGGUGUUUUUCUUGAUGUACUUUGGAUACAAAUGGUGGUUCAAGACUAAAUGGUCAGUUAUUGCCGCUUCAUAUGAAAACGACAGUCGAUACUCACGUUCAGACUUUUCUCUAGGGUAUCAUUGGAUCAAAUUCACUUCCCUGCUAGACUGA